AUGCUCCAGCUGCUCGCCCUCGCGCUCCUCCCUCUGCUCGUCCUCGCCGACCACUCUCUCCGUGUGUUCCACCGAGUGUAUCAUCCCUCGCUCCCAGACUCUCCCUUUGUCCAGCGCGCGUCCCUGUCUGUGUCUGGAAUCGGCCCCGGCGCCCAUGCCAGGCUCCUCCCAUCCCAGUCUCUCCCCGCCGACCUCUCCCGCCUUGCGCUCGCAACCGAGAAUAUCCCUGGUGCUCUCUACCAGGUCGCACUAGAGCCGCGCCCCGACGCCGACCCUUCUCUCUGGCACAUUUCUGCCGUCAAGGCCUGCCACCUAUCCAAGAGUACCCAUGAACAUAUCGUCGUUCACGUAACACACGAUGGCACCCCCUUCGCUCUCGACUACUUUCUCUCUCCCACCCCCCACGAUGGCGCAUGUCCCAAGAUGCGCCGCAGUAAGCCUGCACCCAUAGAUUCAACCGCGCGCUCUAGUCCGCCCGAGGCCCCCGCUUUUGCCUUCCUGGCCAACUCCACCCUCUCACUCGCCGCUCCCAGGCUCCCUCCUCUACCUCAGCUGCGCGUACCCCCGCCUCUCUCUCCGGAAGGCAAGCCGGUCGAGCCUCUUCCCGAAAAGACGCUGUUCCAGAAGUACUGGUUGUACGGCGUCGUCAUCCUCCUCUUCCUCCUCAUGGCUCCCGGCGCUGAGGAAGAAGGUGGACGUGCUGGGGGCAGUAGGCGUUAA